AAUUAAGAUUUGAGAAAGAGAAUUAGAAAAUGGAUUUGCCGAGGUGAUCCUUUAACUUUCACUUGUCCUCUUACCAUGGCAUGAUUGUCCUCUUCCUAGUUCCUAACGAACUUUCUCUUCAUUAAAUGCGGGAUAGGGACCUGAGAGAGAAUUCGGUGAGGCCAACGGUUUGCCGAAGAGAGAUACGAGGAACAGAGAGAAGCUGAAGCUUCUCUGGCCACUUUUUAUCGUCCCUGUCACCAAUGAAGCUAUGAGAGAUCUCCCUAGCCAUCAUCGGAGUCCAAGCAAUCCUUGGCCCCUCGUUUUGCUGGAAAAUGCGAGGGAGACCAGAUCGGAAAACGGAGACUCGAAGCUUUAAGGAUUGAUUCGGCCAAACAAGGAGGAAUUCUGGCUUGUGGCAGACACCAAGGUGACCACCGAGUAAAGGCGUACCUGUGGCAACCUUCAGUGGCACCAAAAACCAGUGGAGGAGACGACAACGGCAUUCGCGGGAGCAUAUCAAGUGAAUUGCCACUAUGCAGCGGAUUCCAGUGACAGUUGAGGAACAGCUUAUUUUGAAAGCAAUAAAGGAGGAAUGCCCAUGGGAGAAUCUCCCCAAAAGGCUUCAGGCAACUCUUACAACUAAAGAGGAAUGGCACAGAAGUAUAGUUGAACACUGCAUAAAAAAAAGACAACAAUGGAACGCCUGUUUUGCUCGCAAAGUAUGCAAAGAAGGUGAAUAUUAUGAAGAAAUGAUGCGUUACUUGCGAAAGAAUCUAGCGCUGUUUCCCUAUCACCUUGCAGAGUAUGUUUGCCGUGUGAUGAGGGUAUCACCUUUUAGAUAUUACUGUGAUAUGAUAUUCGAGGUUAUGAAAAGUGAACAACCAUAUGACAGCAUCCCGAAUUUUAGUGCUGCAGAUGCAUUACGGCUUACAGGAAUUGGGAGAAAUGAAUUUAUUGAUAUCAUGAACAAGUGCAGAUCUAAGAAAAUUAUGUGGAAGCUGAACAAAUCAAUUGCAAAAGAACUUCUACCUACACAGCCUGUUGACUUUGCCAUUGAACCAUGGUGGGGAGUUUGUCUUGUCAACUUUACCCUGGAAGAAUUUAAGAAACUCUCAGAAGAGGAGAUGGCAACAAUAGAUAAAGUUUGUAAGGAGGAAGCUAAUGCAUAUAUCCUAUUUGAUCCUGAAAUUGUAAAAGGCCUGUGCCGACGAGGAUUAAUCUACUUUGAUGUCCCUGUGUACCCUGAUGACCGUUUCAAAGUUUCCAGGCUUGAAGGGUUUGUUUCAAAUAGGGAUCAGUCUUAUGAGGAUCCUAUCGAGGAGUUGCUUUAUGCAGUUUUUGUUGUUUCAAGUGAGAAUGCUACUGUUGCUGAACUGGCAACAACUUUGCAGGCUGACCUUUCCCAGUUGCAGGCUGCUGCAUCCUUUGCAUGUCGACUGGGAUGGGCAGUGAAAUUGAUUGAUCCAGCAUCCAUUCUUCAAGAAACAAGUGCACCUGGCUGUCCUAAAAUCACUCUCAGUGAUGAAGAAGAAGCUGCUCGUGCUAGUGUAAGCUCAUCAAAUGUGUUCAGUGAUGGUGAUGCUGCUCAGCAAGGAGAUAUUUCAGGAAUUGAAAUCCAUGGGCUGCUUUCCGGCCUUGCUCGUGUUGCUUUUAUUGUUGAUGCUAAUAUAACUUCCUAUCUAAUGAUGGGUUCUGUUUCACCAGGCUUGAAAUCUCAUGCUGUAACAUUAUAUGAGGCUGGGAAGUUAGGCCAUGCUAGCCUUGCUGAUCUUUGCAAGGAUCUGAGUACAUUAGAGGGAGCGAAAUUCGAGGGAGAAUUGCAGGAAUUUGCAAAUCAUGCCUUUAGCCUUCGUUGUGUCUUGGAAUGUCUGCUAUCAGGUGGAAUUGCUACUGAUGCAAAAGUGGAGGUAGUUUGCAAUAAGAUAGGCACAUUGGCUUCAAGCAAUGAUGAGCAUACUUCUUUGAUAGCUGAUGUCUCAUUGACUGACAAAUCAGGAAGCUCUGGUGCCAAUGAAGCUGAAGCAGAAAUUGAUCAUUCCAUGAAUGUAAGGAUACCUCAGGAUGAUUCUUCUCUGGUUGAAUGUGUUACUGGAAGUACUGGUGAUGAAACUGUCUUAUCUGAAGACUGUAAUUCCAUAAGCGAGGUCUCUAAGUCAGACCUAAAUGUCCAGAAUGAUGAAAAAUUCAUUCCCAUUGAAGGGUCUGAUGUUGGAAGAGGAACUUCAAAGAGGAAAAGAAAAUAUCGUGUGGAUAUUCUCCGCUGUGAAAGCUUGGCUGCUCUAUCACCUGAAACUUUAGAUAGGCUAUUUCUUCGUGAUUAUGAUAUUGUUAUGUCUAUAAUUCCACUUCCUCCUUCAUCAGUUCUUCCUGGACCAAAAGGUCCCAUCCAUUUUGGUCCUCCUUGUCAUUCGUCUUUGACACCAUGGAUGAAAUUGGUGCUAUAUUCAACUGUGGGUAUUGGCCCUCUGUCAGUUGUUCUGAUGAAAGGACAAUGUUUACGUUUGCUUCCUGCACCGUUGGCUGGUUGUGAAAAAGCCCUUAUAUGGUCCUGGGAUGGUUCUAUGAUUGGGGGGUUGGGAGGCAAAUUUGAAGGGACUUUGGUUAAGGGAGGUGUAAUUUUACAUUGUUUAAAUUCACUUCUUAAAUACUCAGCUGUCCUAGUUCAGCCCCUCAGUAGGCAUGACCUUGAUGAAUCUGGAAGAGUAAUUACUAUGGAUGUACCAAUGCCCCUCAACAACUCUGAUGGCUCAAUUGCUCGCAUAGAGAAUGAAUUGGUUCUAUCUGAAGAUGAGAGAUUGAAAUUGAACUCCCUGCUAACUCAUUUGACAAAGAAGAUGGGAUAUUUAACAAUUGGUUAUGUUCGCAUGUUAAAGCUUUUCAAUGAAAGAGAGUCAGACCACUUUGCACCUGAUGAUCAGAAUUAUGAGUGGGUACCACUAAGUGUCGAAUUUGGCAUUCCCCUUUUUAGUCCAAAAUUAUGUAAUAAUAUAUGUGAAAGGGUUGUAUCAUCAGAGUUGCUUCAAUCAGAUUCUUUUACUGAACAUCAUGAUGCAAUGCAAGGCCUGCGGAAAAGGUUGCGUGAUGUCUGUGCAGAGUAUCAAGCAACAGGUCCUGCUGCCAAACUUCUUUACCAGAAAGAGCAGUCAAAGGACUCAUCUCGACAUCUUAUGAACUAUGCCAGUGGAAGAUGGAAUCCUCUUGUGGACCCUUCUUCUCCCAUUUCAGGAGCCACGAGCGAGCAGCAGAGAUUAAAACUUGCUAAUCGGCAUCAUUGGCGUACCGAAGUUCUGAGUUUUGAUGGUAGCAUACUAAGGUCAUAUGCUCUAACUCCAGUGUAUGAGGCUGCCACAAGGCCUAUUGAAGAAACCCCAAUAGUGAAUACGAUAAAAGCCGAUCCUGAUGAAGCUGAUAGUAAAGAAGUGAUUCUUCCGGGUGUCAAUCUUAUUUUCGAUGGUUCUGAACUGCAUCCCUUUGAUAUAGGCGCUUGCCUCCAGGCUCGGCAACCAAUUUCCUUGAUUGCAGAGGCUGCAGCAGCCUCGGCUGCUGCAGUUAAAUAGAUCUCUUUCCGCAAUAAUUCUGCUUGGGUUGGAUAGCUAGAAUACUGUGUCUGCAUACAACAAAUGAAAGUUGUGAAACAUUGGAUCCCUCAUACAAGCUUUAUUGUGAAUUUUUGGUUCACCUGUUGCUUCUUUGAGAUUGCUUAUUACGCACAGGUUCGGGCUUAUGUCUGAGGUGGUUAUUAGUCAAGGCCUUGGCUGAAGCUCUAGUGGUAGUAUGCAAAGCGAAAAAAAUGAAAAAGAGAAGGACGGUGAUUUUUGCGAAUGUUAUCUUUUCCAUUCAAUGCCUGAAAGAUGGCAGGCCCCUACCCUACUCCUAACCAAUAAUGGGAAGAGUCUAUUUUGCAGCGUAAUAAGGAGGGAAACUGCAACACAUUCAAUUUCCCUUAAUGUCUAAUUAUGAAGCAAACCUGCAUAAAAAUUUUUUAUUAUUUAUUUCCCUUACAGAAAUUUUGUUAGUGAAAUGAUUAGUAGAAUUUGGUCUUCUCAUUUUUUUUGAAGAGCUGGUGAGAGAAAAGAUAGCAAACUAGGGAUGGCUUGGCUUUUUGUUUUUAAAUAAGUUGUCCUAGCCUAGUUUGUUAAGUUACAUACAAAAUACAAGUAUCUUGUGGCAUGAGGAUAGUGAAACAGUAAAGAUUAAUGAAUGUUUUAAGAUCAAGAGGAUGCAUGUCGAUUGAACUUCUGGAUUA